AAAUAAAAAUAAAAAUAAAAUUAAAAAUAAUGAUCCAAUUUCAUUCGAUUCCCAUCUGUGACAAGUAAUAAUGAAACCCUAAACCAAAGCAAAAGAUGCAGAGAUUUCAGAUCUAAUUACUCUCCCAAAUGUCCACCACAACCACCGCUCCCUACGGUGCCAUCCCAUCCCCCUCCACCGCCACGUGGCAACCAUCACCAACCUCCAAUCUCAUCGCCACUCCCCGCUCAUGGCGCGAGUUUCUCGACCUCUCCGCCCUCUCCCGUCCCCUCUCCUACGACGACGCAAUGCUCCGUCUCCGCCGUAAUCUCAACUACUUUCAGUUCAACUACGCCGCCGUAAUGCUACUUAUCGUCUUCCUCAGCCUUCUUUGGCACCCAUUCUCCAUGAUCGUCUUCUUAAUCCUCCUCGUCGCGUGGUUCUUUCUCUAUUUCUCGCGUAAUUCCCCCCUCGUUAUUUUCAACAGAACAUUGGAUGAUCGGACGGUUAUCUGCGUUUUGGGUUUUGUUACUGUCGUUGGACUUGUUUCCACUCACGUGGGCCUCAAUUUGUUGCUGUCGUUGAUCGUUGGUGUUGUCGUUUUAGGGUUGCAUGGGUCUUUUCGGGUUACCGAGGAUUUAUUUCUUGAUGAAGAAAGUGGGUUGCUUUCUGUUGUUGCAAGCCAAUCUCAUCUUCCUCAGAUAACAAAUUAUACCAGGAUUUGAUUGAUGACGGAAAGGUUUUCACUUUUCAGAGUUAGGUUAAGUUUUUCUGAUUUGAAGUUUUGAAUUAUCAAGUUAAUUGUUCAGUUAAGAAAGGAAUUUAGACUUCAAAGCUGAGUUGGUCAUUGCAAUGAUGACCAAGUGUGUUCAUUUUUUUUUAGUAUUCAGUGGCACAAAAUUCAACCUGGGUUGGUCAUUGUCAUGAGAUUGUAACAAUGUUCAUGUAGCCAAUAAUUGGUGCAUUGAAUUGGCAUUAGAUGUUUUUUGUCGAUCUUUGUUGGAUAGGUUUGAGAAUUUUGUGGGGAAGAGGAUCUGUUAAUGUAGUAAUAGGUGGUGGAUUGUUUUACCUGUUCAACAUUUUCUGUUACCACUUCCAUUUUUACAUAUGAUUUUAUGAGUUCCCCAAUUUUGCUGCACAACUUCAACUUCCCCUUUGAUAA